AUGAAGGUGAUGAAAUUCUUGAUUCCUUUGGCCAUUGCCAUGGCAUUUACCAUAGCCAUGCUCACCACUCAACGUGUCGAAAAAUUCGAAAAUACGAAGGAAAAACUCUCAAUUCCUUCUCCAUUGAUCAAGAGGAAAGUGAGUCGUUUUCUUGUUGAACAAAAACCAAGGAAUCCAAAAGCAGCUGAUCAUUGUCACAAGGAACAUGAAAUUUGUCAAGCUUUUGAAGUACAGGGCGGAAACGCAACGUGUUGUAAUAAUAAAUGUGUCGAUUUAAAGUAUGAUGAUCAUAAUUGUGGCGCCUGCAAAAAGAAAUGUCGUUUUACUGAGACUUGUUGCAGAGGUGAAUGCGUGAAUCUGUCUUUUGAUAAGAGGCAUUGUGGAUAUUGCAACAGUAAGUGCAUGACUGGUGGAUAUUGCUUUUAUGGCAUGUGUGAUUACGCCUAA